UGUUUUUGGUCACUUGUGUUUGCGCUCGCGUUAUUUCCGACAGUACCCGAAGGCAACACAUCUUCUGUUAAUCUCGUAGGGAGUGAGAGACCUUCAUCUCAGGGAGAGGACAUUGUUUUGAAGGUGUAAAACGAGUGUUAUCCUGGUUCUGUACAACAUGCUGAACCCGCAGAGGUCUCUGUCUGAGCUGCCCAAGAUGUCGGCCGCCAGCCAGGUGGAGAGAGCGGUGCUGGAGGAGGAGUUCAACUGGCUGCUGAAAGAAGAAGUGCAUGCUGUCCUGAAGCAGCUCCAGGACGUCCUCAAGGAGGCCUCCCGACGUUUCUCCAUGCCCACCCCAGGCCUGGAGAGUCAGCUCAAACAGGAGAACUUCAUCCUCGGCAGCUCAACCAUGGACCAGGUGAAGGGGGUGCUGACUCUGCAGGGAGAGGCUCUGACUCAGGCUGACAUAAACCUGAAGGUUGCAAAGAGCAGCCAAGUGCUACACUUUCAGUUCAGAGAGGACAAAAUGUGGAAGCUGCAGCAGAUCCAGGAUGCCAGGAACCACGUGAACCAGGCCCUGGGGCUCCUGGGCAGCCGUGACGAGAGCUACCACUUCAAGACGGGGGCCGAGGUCAAUAAGCUCAUGGACGCAGUGAUGCUGCAGCUGACCAGAGCCCGCAACCGCCUCACCACCCCCGCCUCCAUGACGCUGCCCGAGCUGGCCACCAGUGGGCUGAUGAAAAUGUUCACCCCUCCCAUGCCUGGGGACGUGAUGGUGAACUUUUACAUCAACCUGAGCAAACUGUGCCUGACGGUGUACCAGCUGCAUGUGCUGCCUCCCAACACCACCAAGAACUACAGGCCAGCUGGAAGCUCCGUGCUGCACAACCCAGGAGCCAUGUU